UAAGUUAAUAUUUCUUGAAAGCGUAUAAUAAUAAACUGUUAAAAGUGAAUAUUAAAUAUACGUUUCACAUUAAAAAUUAUAAAUGUAUUGAGAUAGAAGCUUUUUAGUAGAAUAUUAUCUAGAAACAGACAAUGGCCAGUAUUAGCAAAUUUAUUAAUACCAAACGCUGUAUGUACUGUCCAAGAGAAUACGUAAUGAGGGUGGAUAUUAAGCGUUUGAGUUUUGACACGCAAGCAAAUUGCAACUUUCAAACAACCCAAGGAUAUAUUUACAUUAACACUGGAGACAUCAUAAUGGACAACACACUCGACAGUUUAUUGCGUGUAAAUCGAAUUCUUUUGUCAUCUCUCGGACAAUGGCCACAGCAAGAUCAAAUUUCGAAAACAUGUACGAUUAUAAGUGCUAUAUUUUUUCUCAUUACUCAAGGAUAUUUACAGACUGGAGGAAUGAUAACUGCAUUGUGUGAUCCGCCAAUAUUCAUGGAAUCAAUACCACCAGUUUUGAUAAGCGUCAUGUGCGUUAUUAAAUAUAUUAAUUUUAACUACAAUGCUGACAAGAUGAGAACACUCCUCGAAAGUAUACAAGCCGAUUGGAAUUCAAUAAAUGAUGAAGAAGAAAUGAAAAUCUUAAACUCAUGGACUAAAGAUAGUAGAAAAAAUACAAUUAUGUAUGCAGGUGCCGUUUACGGAUCUAUGGUUCCUUUUAUGCUGGGCCCACUAGUGCCCAUAUUUUUUAAACUUAUACCUGAGGGCUUAUUGCCCGCAAACAAUACUAUCGCUUUAGCGAAACCAGUGAUGUUUCAUGUCGAAUACUUGUAUGAUUUAGAUAAAUAUUACUAUCCGUUGGUUAUUCAUUCAUAUUUCGGUACAAUGACAUACAUCACUGUCGUCGUUGCAAUUGACUCGAUGUUCAUGGUUUAUGUACAACAUGCCUGCGCAAUAUUUUCCAUCGUCGGAUAUCGUUUGGAACGUCUUGUGGAUCAUGACAGUAUUAAUAUCAAUUUUAAACCCCAUAUUUCAAAUGACGAACCUUAUAAACGAAUGAUCGAAUGUAUUGUCAAACACAGUCAGGGUCUUGAAUAUGCACAACUGAUACAAUCAGCGAACUCGCUGUCAUUUUUAUUUCAAUUGGGAAUCAAUAUGGUUACCAUUAGUUUUACCGGAUUUCAAGCUGCUACAAAAUUAGAUCGCCCUGACGAAGCUUUCAGAUAUGCAACUUUUACGAUCGCCCAAACAUUUCAUUUAUUUUUUGAAAGCUGGCCGUCUCAGAGAUUGGCUGACGAAAGUGCGCGAAUUAACGAAUACACAACUAGAUGCGCGUGGUACUUAACUUCUAUGAGAUCGCGAAAGCUUCUUCAACUAUUUAUUAUGAGAAGUUCUGUUCCAUGUCAAUUAACAGCCGGCAGUUUUUAUGUUUUGAAUAUGCAAAAUUUUAGUGCAGUGGUGCGUACGUCAAUGUCAUAUUUUACGGUUUUGACUUCAAUGCAAUGAUUAAUAUUAAAUCAUUAUAAGUAUCAUAUUCAUCUCAUUACACGGAGAGAAGAUUAUGGUAACCGGUCCUAGUUCGUUUAUGAAAUAUCAACCAUAACGUUAUGGUAAUAACUACUUGGAAUUAUAAGAUAUACGUCCAUAAUUUCUGGGAAAAGUUUCCAUAACUAUGAAAAAUAUUUCUAUAAUUAUGGUAAAAGUAAUAAAUCCCAUAUUCACAUCGGAACGGCUCCUGCACAGGAAAAAACGAAUCGUCGAAGUGUUAAAAUUCUGAGUGUUGAAUUUUUGACACUUCUGGGUGUCAAUUUAACACACAGUAUUCAUUUUGUUUGAACUGUAGCAAUCGAUUGAUUUUUUAACACACAAAAAUGUCAUUUUAUUAGAAAGUAACAUUUUUUAUAUGUUACUAUCAAAUCAAAACACAAAAUAUGUUAAAAAUAAUGUCAACCAUCACAAAAGAAUUCUUGGAAAAUUUUUAUUUUUAACGUAUACGUGUGUAACUGUUUUUAACACACAACAUGUUAAAGAAAUAUAUAAAUAAGUGUAAAACGUUCGUUUUACACACGGUAUGUGUUGAUUUUGACGAAUCCUUUUCUACUGUGUGGGUGCGUAUAGAUAUAAACCCUAUUAUGGUAACCGUUUCCAAAAAAAAAUUAAAUAUUUCCGUGAUAUUGAGGUAAUCAUUAGUAUAAAAAAUAGUGACAGUUACCACAGUAGUAUGGGAGCGAUUAUCAUAAUGGCAUAGGAACUAUUUUAGUAUCGUAUAGGAAUGAAACCCAUAUUGAUAGGAAUGGUAACAAUAAAUUGUAGGAGUGCCAUUCUUUCAAUCAAUAUUUCAAAAUAAACUGUUACGAGAUGAUAUGGGAACCAUUCUCAUAAUAUAAUGUAAUUGUUACCAUAAAUUUUCCUCUGUGUAUAUUUAUUGAUCAAUGUAAUUCAUGUUUUAUUGGUCAUUAGUUAUUUGUCUAGAUUUACUUUAAUCAAAUAUCAAAAAUAUCGUAUAACUUGAAGAAAAUAUUAUCUUUGUUUAUAGUAAGUAUAUUUACUCAUGAUUGCUGGUACUGAAUUUUAUAAUAAAUGUUUCCAUUAUAAUAAUCAUCAAUGGUUGUAAAUAAAAUUUCAUCAUCUAUUUAUUCUCAACGCCUUGUUAUAUAAGAUGUACGAUCAUUAGAAA